UUGAUGGCUGAGAGAUGUCGGGAGCGAGUAUUUAUCAGUGAGCUUUGUGCAACCCGACGUUCCCUUGUAUAGGACCUAUGAUGUUUUGCUGUGAGUACUGAGGAGGCUGUACCGGCAGCACCACUGAUGUACGUCAUGGUCACGCAGUUGCAACAUAUUGUAACGGGUCUGAGUAGUCUGUGGCUGUAGGCCCUUCAAGUGAGAGGGGGACAUGCAAGGUCUGAGCAGUCUGUCCCAUUCCCAUCCGAUUUGAGACGUGCCCAGGUCGAUCCUUUUGGAGGGUGGAGGUGCACCCGAACGCACUUCAAGUCCUUGCCAUCAUUUCAUCCUCUUCAAGUUAAACAUCUCUUGCUCAACAACUCAACCCCAUUUCUUUAGCCAAACUAAAUCCGUACGGUCUACUAUGUGCACCCUGCAAAAGUUCAAGCUCGUCUUUUUCGUCCCGCCCGGUGCUCUGCAAGCCUGCAAAACCGCCAUCUUCGCCGCAGGCGCUGGCCAUUUCCCCGGCACCAGCGGCUACACCGAGUGUUGUUUCACCUCCAAGGGCACUGGGCAAUUCAGACCCGGUGAUGCGGCAAACCCCCAUAUCGGCAAGGUCGGUGCGCUGGAGGAGGUCGAAGAGUAUCGGGUUGAGGCAAUUUGCUUGGGUAGAGAUGUGGCAGUUGAGGCUGUGAAGGCGCUGAGGAAAGCACACCCUUAUGAAGAGCCGGCAUACGAAGUAUACAAGAUGGAAGAUAUGUGAAUCGCUAUUGUACUCGUUGUUUUUGUUUUGUUUGCGGGAAGUAUUUGCUCUGUUACCUGAUUGGGACGCGCAGAGCUGCAUUCAAAUGUUGGCUGUGCUUCCGCGCACCUACAGAAAAGUUCAGGUCGUGAACUAAAUACCUGGGGAUAUCCAAGCUACUUCAUGACCAUGCUCUCAGAUAUGGCUGGUUCUGAUUUUCGUGGCAGUGAUAUCGCAGCCCAGCGUGGUGCAACGUGGUGCAAAUAACGUGCACAUACCAGCAUUUACUAAUGAUCGCAAGCUGACAGUAGUCAUCGCUUCUCUCCACUCAAACAAAUUAUAUGUAG